AUGCACACGACGUUGCGCUUGUGUGUAUCUCGGCGAGCGCAGCGCCUGAUGCGGCGCGCGAAGGAUGAAAAUAUGCGUCAUGCCGUGUCGCUCUACCACCUGACGCCGAGUUUUUACCCCACGAAUGUGUCGGGGGACAAGGACCCUGUGCUGGAGAACGAGGUGACAGAGAGCAUCCUCGGCCCCUUUUACAAUGGCCGCUCGGGCCGUCCGUUUGUUCAGUUCACGACGGUGCAUGAGCUCUUGCUGCGGCAGCGCCGAGAACAUCUGCACAACCGUCGUGAUACCAUGGGCGAAAUGACAGACAUGUACGAGAGCACCGUCUUGCCGGGCUCCUUAUCGCAUGCUUCGAUGCUGCAGGAUUCUACGAAUGCCCGCUCUCACUUUGUCAAGCAGCCGGCCUCAUACCCCACGCGCCGCGCCCGUGAUACGGCCGGUCACGGUGAUCUGUACGCGAUGGACGAGCUCUCCGUGCGCAGUGCCCAGGUUCGUGAUGCCCUGUACGGCACCGUCGCGGGCGAACUUCCAGGUCUCGAGAUUGUGCGUGAGCACGAGCGGGCAUGGGAUGCGGAAAAAGAGUCUUCAUAG